AUGUUGUCGUCGUCCGCGUUUUCGUCGUCUGCCGCGGUUGGAGCUGCGUGUCGUGUGUCGGUGGCGGGGACUGGGCUCGUGGGUGCGUCCGUGGCUUCGAAUGCGCCUGGGAUGGCUUGGGAGCGGCUCGACAAUGGUUCGCCUGCCGCCCUCGCCGCAAAUAUCGCCCAGGCAACUUUGGCCAUCGUCGACAGAAUUGUAAUCAACCCGGCGGCGCCCGCUCAAGGCGACACAACACAAUCUGACGACCACGACAUGGACUCUGUUGACCAGGUCGACGACGACAUCAGCGACGACCUAGGUGAUGCAGACGACAACGAAGAUAGCACCGUCGCCUACGAAGACGGCGUCGACGACGAGGACGAGGACAACAUGGCCGUCAAAGGCCACGACGACGACUCUCAAGGCCAGGGCCAGUCUCCCUCUUACACACCACGUUUCGACAUUUCGGCGCCUGCGUGGCGCCUGUUUCUGACCUUGCCAACGCUCAACAACAACUCUCUCGUCUCCUGUCGCUCGUCAACGUCUCGUCCACGCGUCGCAGCUAUGGCGCCAGGUGCUCUCUCCAUUGACGGAGAGUAUAGCAAGGAGGAGGUGACUCUGCCAUUACCUUCGAUGAGGCUGCCGGGUGGCAGUUGCGGCCGGGGCGGGCAGACAAGGGGGUAA